AUGGUGAUGAAGGUGUAUGGCCCAGUGAGGGCUGCAUGCCCACAGAGGGUGUUGGCUUGCCUUGUAGAGAAGGGCGUGGAGUUUGAGGUUGUCCAUGUCGACCUCGACUCUGGCGAGCAAAAACGGCCUGAUUUCCUCCUUCGACAGCCUUUUGGGCAAGUUCCAGUGGUAGAAGAUGGCGAUUUCAGGCUUUUUGAGUCGAGGGCGAUUGUGAGGUACAUCGCGGCCAAGUACGCGGAGCAAGGGCCUGACCUCUUGGGAAAAAGCUUGGAGGAGAAAGCGGUAGUUGAUCAAUGGCUGGAAGUGGAAGCUCACAACUUCAACGAGUUGGUGUACACACUGGUCAUGCAGCUAGUGAUCCUACCUCGAAUGGGUGAGCGGGGGGACUUGGCUUUAGCCCACACUUGUGAGCAGAAGCUGGAAAAGGUGUUUGAUGUGUAUGAGCAGAGGCUGUCGAAGAGCCGGUACCUUGCAGGAGAUUCAUUCACUCUCGCUGAUCUGAGUCAUCUUCCGGCCAUCAGAUACUUGGUGAAGGAAGCUGGAAUGGCGCACUUGGUUACUGAGAGGAAGAGUGUGAGUGCAUGGUGGGAGGACAUUUCCAACAGGGCUGCUUGGAAAAAAGUCAUGGAGCUCGCUGCUUGA